AUGGCAGCCGAGAAGUAUCAGCCGUCUUACGAUAUCACGGGCAACGACUCUUAUGGAAGUCAGCCCAAUGAACAAGACGUCGAGGCCAGGGACAGAAGGCUCAGUCAAGUAGAUGUCGCCAGGAUCACAAAGGUCUCGUCGGUUAUCACCGUUCUUGUUGCGGGCUUGGCCUUGUUCUCUGACGGAUACAAUGCACAAAUCAUUGGAUACAUGGAGCCGCUGUUCACAGACCUGUACAAAGAUGGCAUGUCCAGCAUCAUCAAGACCCGAUUGUCCAAUGCAUACCUUAUUGGCGAGAUCUUUGGCAUGCUCUUCUUUGGCUUUCUCAUCGACAAGAUAGGGCGUCGUACCGGCAUCGUCUUCGCCACUUUCUUCCUCAUUCUUGGAAUCGUUUUGGCUACAGCUGCUCAUGGUACCACUCAACUGGGCAUGUUCUGGAUGAUGAUCGUUGCUCGUGGUGUUGCUGGAUUCGGCGAAUACCCAACUUGCGGAACUGGCAGUGCCGAGGCGUCAGACGAGAGUGAAUAUGUUCGCCGCAGACGAGGCUUCCUCGUCGCCGUCGCCACAGACUUCGCCAUUGACUUGGGAUUCGUAGUGGCAGGUGUCGUCGCGCUGAUUGUCAUCGAAUGCUACAACGAGAAGAUCUCAAGCGGAAUCUGGCGCAUCUGCUUCGGCUUGGGCUUCGUCCUCCCUCUGGCACUCUUCUUCUUCCGAAUUCGCAUGGUCGAGUCCAGUCAGUAUCGCAAACAUGCUAUCAAACGAAAUGUACCCUAUUGGUUGAUCAUCAAGCGAUAUUGGAAGCCCAUGGUGGGAACAUCUCUGGCAUGGUUCAUGUACGAUUUCGUCACCUAUCCAUUUGGAAUCUUCAGCUCCACCAUCAUCGGUCAGCUCAAUCCGAACAAUACCUUGAUCCAGAACAUUGGAUACGGUACUGUUGUAAAUUGCUUUUACCUUCCUGGUUGCAUUAUUGGCGGAUUGCUGAUGGAUAGGAUCGGCCGCAAACAAACCAUGACCCUCGGCUUUGGGUGCUGGGCAGUCUUAGGAUUCAUCCUGGGCGGCGCGCUGAACCCUAUUCAAUCUGUGUUUCCCUUGUUUGUAGUCCUCUAUGGCAUUUUCAAUAGCCUUGGGGAAAUGGGACCUGGAGUUUGCACUUUCCUCACGGCCGCAGAAAGCUUCCCGACUCCUUUACGCGGACACUUCAUGGGGUUCGCCGCUGCUGUGGGCAAAGCUGGUGCAGCGAUUGGGACCCAAGUUUUCACGCCUAUCCAGGAUUCGUUCGGCGAUACGCAAAAAGGUACUCAGGCGGUCUUCCUAAUCGGUGCUGGAUUUGCUGCCGCUGGUGGCAUCAUCUCAUGGAUCUUCAUUCCUAACCGAGAUCGAGAGCUUGAGAGCGAAGACGCCAAGUUCAGAGAAUACCUUGCAGCUCACGGGUAUGAGGGGGAGUUCGGGGAGAGUUUGGUCGCGGAGGUGAGGACGACGGUUUUCAAGCCCGAAUAUGUCAAGACGUCUUGA